CCUCGGCGCCUCGCCGUGCGGAUCCCUCCGCGUUCUGUUCCGGGCCGCUCCGGGCUCCGGGCCCCGAGGGAACCGACCGGGCGCUGCGGUAGUUGGCGCUGGGCGCGCGACGCAGGCGGAUCAUGGCUGAGUUCUUCCAGAAAAGAAAGCAGCGCGAUGAUGAGGUGCUGGGCAGUGCUGUGGACUUCCUCCUGGCCAACGCACGCCUAGUGCUGGGUGUGGGUGGUGCUGCAGUGCUGGGCAUCGCCACCCUAGCCGUGAAGCGGCUCAUCGAUAGGGCCACCAGCCCGAGGGACGAGGAGGAUGCCAAGGGGGACACUACGUGCCUUGAGGAGAGCUGGAAGGAGCUGAGCCUGCUCAAGGCCACACCACGCCUGCAGCUCCGGUCGCCUCCCGCUGCCCUCAGCCAGUCCAGGUCAAGCCCAGCACCCCUGCCCCCAACCCCAGAGAAGCCCAGAGAUGCAGCUCCUCAGCGCGCCGCUCCCAGGAGCUCCCCAGCACCUCCGUGCCUGACCCUGCAGGAGAAGCUGCUGGUGUUCGAGAGGGGCCAUGCCCACAUCCCUGCGGCCCACGGGGCUCUGGCCAAGCAGCUGACUGGUGACAUUGCCCUGGAACUGCAGACCUUUCUCCAGAGCAAGUUCCCGGAGCUACCUUUCGGGGCGCUCGUGCCCAGCGGGCCACUCUAUGACGGGCUACAGGCAGGGGCUGCUGAUGACGUGCGUGUGCUGGUGCCACUGGCGCUGGAGCCAGGGCUGUGGAAGCUGGUGCCUGGCCUGGACACUGUCGCCCGGGACCCUCGCUGCUGGGCGGUGCGCAGGACUCAGCUGGAGUUCAGCCCGCGGGGGAGUAGCCCCUGGGACCGCUUCCUGGUGGGCGGCUACCUCUCCUCCCGCGUCCUGCUGGAGCUGCUUCGCAAGGCCCUGGUCGCCUCUGUCAACUGGCCGGCCAUCGGGGGCCUCCUCGGGUGCCUGAUCCUGCCCAGCGUGGCCUCGGAAGAGCUGCUGCUCGAGGUGCAGCACGAGUACCUGGAGCUCACUGUGGCGGUACUCCUGGCAGUCACCAGUCCCGAUGUGCAGGACCGCCUGCUUCUGGCCUGGCCCCUGGAGGGGCUAGCCGGGAACCUCUGGCUCCAGGACUUGUACCCGGCAGAGGCCGCCCGGCUGCGCGCGCUGGAUGACCUCGAUGGUGGCAGCCGGCGGCGGCUGCUGCUGCUCUUGUGUGCCAUCUGCCGCCGUCAUCCGGCCCUGGGGAGACUGGGCCGUGGCCACCUGAUCCAGGUGGUCCUGCACCUGGGGGAGGAGAAGGUGGACUGGGCAGAGGAGGCCCUGGGCGACCGCUUCCUGCAGGCGCUGGAGCUGCUCAUCACCAGCCUGGAGCGGGCCAGCCUGCCCUGCCACUUCAACCCCAGCAUCAACCUCCUGGGUGGCCUCUGCGAGGAGGAGAUCGAUGACGUCGGUUACGCACUGUACAGAGGGCUGCAGGCCCCCGAGGAGCUGCUGUAGUCGGGAGGGGGCCGCGCUUGCGAGCUGUGACACACACAGUGCCGCUGAGGGGUCAGGGAGCACCUGCUCUCCUGCUUUAGCCAGAAGUAAGGGCAGAGUGUCUUAGAAGCCCACCAGGUUAGCAUGUGCUUGAGCCCCAGCUGCUGGAGGCCUGAGCUCGGAGAGGCUGUGUUGCUGUCCCCCGGGCAGACCUGGGCCGCCUCUCGGUCACUCGGAGGGCCAGCUGCUCACGCAUGCGCCUUGGUGCCUGGGCCACAGGCCCCUGGGCAACCAACAGGACACAGCUGGGGAAGGCCAGCACAGGUCUCUGAGAAGAGGGGGAGUUAGUGCCUUCCUUGGGUGCUGGUUCUUGGCAUCCUGAGACUCUGGUGCUGGGUGGCAAACACCACAUGGAACCCAUGCCCAGGCCGGGGUCGCCUGGCACCCAUACCAUGUAGCGUUUGGCCCACUUGGGCUGUGGGUUUGGUGUCUGGGGAUCUGCUGGCUUGCCAAGCUCACUCCCCGCGCCUGACAGGUCUUUUCCUGACACGCUUCCCACCCUCUACCUCAGCAGAAAGCUUUUCUCCCUCCUCCGGGGCAAGUUUGCUCUGAUCAGCAGCAUUUCCUGGGAGAGUUCAUUGCCCAGAUCUGAGGGUGACCCUGGCCUGCUGCUGGCCAGGGCAGAGCAGAGGGCCAUGCUCACAGAAGCCGGGGACGCAGGCGCCACCACCACAGUGCCAGCACCAGCUCUCACCGAAGUCUGCGGGACUGGGGCGAUCCCGCUCUUCCCCCCCCCCCCCCCCCCAGGUGCC